AUGAGAGAAGAUGGCGAAGGUGUUGAUCUCAAGUUGAAAGAGGAUGAGGAUGAUAUUGAAUUUGUCUACAUUGAAGACGUGCAAGAAGACGAGAGCCGGGAGGAGGAACUCCCUCUUCAUAACAUCGACUUAGUUACCUGCUCAUCAUGGAUCCUGGAUCCUGUAUGGUUCUUCAAAGGCAAUCUCGACCCUUCGAGCCUGAAGCGAUCUCUUUCUCGCUUCCUCCGCCUCUUCCCUGCCCUCUCAGGAAGGCUGGGUCCCUCCAGCGUAAAGCUCAGCAACCAAGGAGUUCCUUUCACAACGAGGAGGAGAGCAAGGGGGUCAGGGUACGACUACGUGCAAGAGGAGCCGAGGAGAGGAGAGUUCACGGACGUGCGAGGCUACGAGGGGGUGCUGGCAGGUACCGAGCCGAUCAUGACCGUCAUGGUUACAAACUUCCGAGAUUCAACGAGCGCGCUAGGGGUCGCGAUCAGCCACGUCAUAGGAGACGGCUUCACCCUCUACUCCCUCGUGGCGCUGUGGUGUGACUUGCACAACGACGGGACGUGCAGCGGGGAGUACAGCAUGGACAGGACUGAGCUGAUCCGACGAACGAACCCGGAUGGCAGGAGGGGGACGAGAGCUGCGUUCCCCGCUGACUCUCUGCGAGAAAUCCACAACUUUUGCCAGCAGCAUGUGGGGGAGAGGAGGAGGAUGUUCCGCUUCAGCAGCGAGGAGCUCGCCACCCUCAAGGCAUCCGUGCCGUGUGCGGACGGGAGGAGGCCGACGACCAACGAGGCCUUGAUAGCCAGAGCAUGCAAGCUCUGUGGAGGGAGGGGAGGGAGAAAGGACAACGGGCCGGUUCAGCUGAUGAUGAUCGCAAACCUCCGGGGAAGGAGCGAGACAUUCUCCCCAGGCUACCUCGGGAACGCCUGCACCUCCCUGGUCGGCUUCUGUCCUGCUAAACCAAGGACAAGCGAGCUGCGGCAGCUGCUGUCCAGCUUCAAGAAUGUGGGCGACCUGGUGAGGGAGAGGCAAUCCUGCGAUGCUCUCGUCCGCUACUUCGUUGGAUGGCUGACUGGGCUGGAGGACGGGCUUGUCCUCCCCGGCCCUGUCGACUACUCGAGGCCUCUGGUUGCAACCAACUGCCAAGUCAGCCUUCCUGCAGAGCGAGUCAGGUGA